UGAGGAAGUUUAAGAUUUGUUUGCUGUUGUUUUCGCUGAGAGUUUCUUCUAUGUUUUGAAGUAUGAAAAAUUCAAGUCUUGUAUUUUGGUUCUUUACUAAGUCUUGGAUGAAAUGACAAAUGGUUAGGAUUUCUUGGCAUUUGUUGCAUGUUGGAGAUGGAUUUUUACUUAUGAGGUAUGAAGUUGAGUUGAGGAGUGUCCAAUUUUGAUUUUUGUUCUGAAAACUUCUUGUCAACUAUUGAAAUGUUGGGGUUGUUCAAGUUGUGAGUUUUAUAGAAAAAAAUAAACUUAAAACAUUAUUAUUAGUGUAAUGGAAAAAAGAGACUGGCCACUAUUUGUCUAUGGUGGUUUAUCAUCUUGUAUUGCAGAACUAAGUACGUUUCCUAUUGAUACUACUAAAACCAGACUCCAAGUUCAGGGACAAAAAUUGGAUGGACAAUAUAAUAAAAUUAAAUACCGUGGCAUGGUAGAUGCUUUUUGUCAAAUUUAUAAGCAAGAAGGAUUUUUGUCACUCUAUUCUGGAAUUAGUCCUGCAUUAAUACGUCAAUGUACAUAUGGUUCUAUUAAGUUUGGAACUUACUACACAUUGAAGAAAACAACUAAUGAGUAUUUAGAAGUAACUGAAGAUGUUACUGUGAAUUUUGGAUGUGCUGUAUGUGCUGGUAUUAUAUCGGCAUCUAUAGCUAAUCCUACAGAUGUACUUAAAGUUCGACUUCAAGCUUUAGGCCGAAAUAAAAUUGAAAACCUUGUGAAUUGCAAUGUUUUUAAAUGCUUUCAUUACAUUUAUGUACACGAAGGACUCCGAGGUUUAUGGAAGGGUGUUGGUCCAACAUCACAACGUGCUGCUACAAUUGCAGCUGUUGAAUUGCCUGUUUAUGAUUAUUGUAAACACAAGUUAAUGGCUAUUUUUGGAAAUCAUAUUUUCAAUCACUUGAUUUCAAGUCUCAUUGCAAGUUUUGGAAGUGCUGUAGCUUCAAAUCCGAUUGAUGUUAUAAGGACUAGAUUGAUGAACCAAAAACAUAAUAAAAAUACUGCUGGCGUUCAGCAACAUAACUAUAAAGGAAGUAUUGAUUGUUUCUUAAAAACCGUGAAGUAUGAAGGAAUUUCGGCACUCUACAAAGGAUUCGUUCCUACAUUUGUUCGAAUGGGACCAUGGAACAUAAUAUUUUUUGUGAUUUAUGAAAGACUGAAAACAAUUUAAGUUUUAAGUAUUUAAAAUAAAAUAGUAA